AUGGAUGAGCUCUUGUACCAAGCGCUCCUCCUCUCGGCGCUCGCCGUCGCGGUGCUCCAGAUCGUUAAGGUCGCCCUCGUCGGAGCGAGGCGGCAGGUGGCGGCGCCUCCGCCGGCGCCGCCGGGCCCGUGGCGGCUGCCGGUGAUCGGCAGCAUGCACCACCUCGCCGGGAAGCUCGCGCACCGCGCGCUCAGGGACCUCGCCGCGGCGCACGGCCCGCUCAUGAUGCUCCGGCUCGGCGAGACGCCGCUGGUGGUCGUGUCGUCCAAGGAGGUGGCGCGCGAGGUGCUCCGGACGCACGACGCCAACUUCGCCACCCGCCCCAGGCUCCUCGCCGGCGAGGUCGUGCUCUACGGCUGCUCCGACAUCCUCUUCUCGCCGUCCGGCGAGUACUGGCGCAAGCUCCGGCAGCUCUGCGCCGCGGAGGUCCUGGGGCAGAAGCGUGUCCUCUCCUUCCGUCCCAUCAGGGAGCAGGAGAUGGCAAGCCGAGUGGAGAGGAUCCGUGCGGCUGGGCCACAGGUACCAGUGGAUGUCAGUGCACUCUUCUACGACAUGGCGAUCAGCAUCGUCUCCUGCGCAUCAUUCGGGAAGAAGCAGAGGAACGCCGACGAGUACCUCGCAGCGAUCAAGACCGGGGUCAGUCUAGCCAGCGGGUUCAGGAUCCCCGACCUCUUCCCGACAUGGCGAGCGGCGCUCGCCUCGGUGACCGGCAUGCGCCGCGCCCUCGAGGACGUCCAUAGGACGGUGGACUCCACCUUGGAGGAGGUCAUAGAGGAGAGGAAAGGCGUAAGAUCCGGCAUGGGAGACAAUGAGGAGAACUUGGUUGAUGUCCUUAUCAGCUUGCAUGAGAAAGGUGGUCAUUUGGAUAGAAACAGCAUCAAGGCGGUGAUAUUCGAUAUGUUCACGGCUGGGACGGGAACACUGGCGUCGGCGCUGAAUUGGGGUAUGUCGGAACUGAUGAGGAACCCGAGAGUGAUGAGCAAGCUACAGUGUGAGAUUCGGCAAGCAUUCCAUGGGAAGGCCGCCAUUGGGGAGGAUGACAUCCAGGUGAGCAACCUCCCCUACCUAAGGCUUUUCAUUAAGGAGACUCUUCGGUUGCAUCCUCCCGUGCCUCUCCUUGUGCCCAGAGAGAGCAUUGACAUGUGCGUGGUCAAUGGCUACACGAUCCCUGCAAGGUCACGUGUUGUCGUCAAUGUAUGGGCCAUUGGUAGGGACCUAAAGUACUGGGAUGAUCCUGAGGAAUUCAAGCCUGAGCGGUUUGAGAGCAGCAAGGUAGACUUUGUAGGGAGUAGCUAUGAAUACCUACCUUUCGGAGCUGGACGAAGGAUGUGCCCUGGCAUUACCUAUGGUUUACCUGUCUUGGAGAUGGCCUUUGUGCAACUCAUGUAUCACUUCGAUUGGUCGCUCCCAAAGGGUGUCACACAAGUAGACAUGGAGGAGGAACCUGGACUUGGUGCACGACGUAUGACACCCCUGCUACUCUGUGCCACCCCAUUCAUAGUUCCAAUAUUAUAAGGCAAACUUUAAUUGGUGUUAUUUGAAUGACAUGUAACUAUUGGGUUCUAUUAAUGUGAAAUUUUGUCUUAAUGUUCA